UCGAUUGCAGAUAAGCUGUGGAAAGGCCAACGGAAAGCUUUGAAUCCAACCUUCAACAUGAAAAUAUUGAAUAGCUUCAUUCCCAUUUUUGAGGACUGCAGUUCGAGAAUGGUGGCUGAUUUAUUCAAAUGGGCAAAUGGCGACACGGUGGAUAUGUUUCAUUUUACUUCCAAGUGUACUUUGGAAAUGGUGUGUGCAACCACGUUAGGAAGUAACGUGCUGGAACGAGAAGGAAGUGAUGAAUUUCUACGAAACAUGGAAGGAUUAUUUGAGCUAGUGGGCAAAAGAAUGCUCAGUGUUGAAUUGUUCCUAGAUUCUAUUUAUCGAUUGACUAGUUAUCACAGAAAGGAGAUGAAGAUACGGAAAAAGAUUAACGAAUUUUCUGGAAACAUAAUCAAAGAAAAGCGACGAGAGCAUAUGUCCUGUUUGAAUCAACAACACCUUCAUGAUGAAUCAACCCUGACGAAAGAUGAAGAUGAUAUUCGGAAGCCUCAAAUAUUUAUCGAUCAAUUGUUGUCACUAUCCAACAGCAGUCGUCCGUUCACAGAUGAAGAGAUUUUGCACAAUGUUUUAACCAUUAUGAUAGCCGGCAACGAUACCUCCGGCCUAGGGGUGGCCCAUGCUUGUCUUUUUCUAGCCAUCUACCCGGAUAUCCAGCAGAAAGUAUACGACGAAGUGAUGAAACACUUUCCUCCCGAUGGACCUAACGAUCGCAUAUCCCUUGAUGCCGAUUCCCUUCGACAGCUCGAGUACACCGAGAUGUUCCUGAAGGAAGUUCUUCGUCACUGCCCGGUGGCUCCCACUGUGGCUCGUCAAAACUUGAAGGAACUGGAACUGGACGGCGUGCGUAUUCCGGCGGGGAACAUACUGUCGUUUUCGUUCUUUGCGUUGCAUAGGCGGAAGGACAUUUGGGGACAGGAUGCGGAAAAAUUUGAUCCGGAGAAUUUCGCACCGGAACGGUGCGAAAAGCGACAUCCUUACGCUUUUAUGCCGUUCAGUAGUGGGUCUAGGAAUUGUAUAGGAGGCCGUUAUGCGAUGAUAAGUAUGAAGGUGAUGAUAGUGUAUAUUGUGCGGAAUUUUUCGCUGAAGACAAAUUUGAGGCAUUCAGAUUUAAGAUACAAAUUUGGAAUGACUCUGAAGUUACCGUUUGCGCAUGCUAUACAAGUAUAUAAAAGAAACAUUGAACAAUGAAUCUUCGAAAUGAACUAUAUUUGUUUUUGUAGAAUGCCAUCGUGAUUAAGUGAAUAUGAUUCUAAUUUUUAUUCAUCGUCAUUGUCGUUUAUGGGCUU